CUCGGCACCACAAGUCACAAGGCUGCGACAUUCCGAGGUCCUGAUAGACUGCGCAGGAUCUGGAGUAUGAAGGUGUAUAAAAAUGGCGACUUGCCCAUUAAAACAAGACUCAUUUUCCUUGUGACUGCAAGUUUAGUAGUUUGGCUAUCGUCAUGAAGUUGACAGUUUUCACAGCGUUGGCUGCCUCGGCGGCAGCGCUGAACAUCCCGAAACGCGAUGCGCAGACACUAUAUACCAUCGAACUCGCGCCGGGACAAACUCAACAAGUGACUCAGGAAGAGAAGUGGGCGUUGCGAGCCCAAGGCAAAAACUUCAUCGACAUCACGAACCACCCAACCCUCAACGUCGCCUCAACAAACGAACAAGCAGCCAACGUAACCUUCCCAUCCUCAAUAACCCACCAAGAAGCCGUAAAGACCCUCCUCUCGCACCUAAGCACCUCCAACCUCGAAGCAAACCUCAAGCCCUUCACCGAGUUCCAAAACCGCUUCUACAACUCCACAUACGGCGCGCAAUCCUCAGCCUGGCUGCUCUCCACGGUCCAAGACAUCAUUUCAGAAAGCGGCGCCGCCGGCGCAUCAGCAGCCGCUUUUGCGCAUGACUGGGCCCAGACCUCGGUGAUUGCGACAAUCCCCGGAAACUCCAGGAAGAUUAUUGUCCUAGGCGCGCAUCAAGAUUCGAUUAAUCAGCAGGGCAACGAUGUAGUCGAGGAUCGCGCGCCAGGCGCCGAUGACGAUGGGUCGGGCAGCAUUACGAUUCUGGAAGCGAUGCGUGUACUUCUCUCCGACCCUGACAUUGCUGCUGGGAAAGCGCCGAAUACUGUCGAGUUCCACUGGUAUAGUGCAGAAGAGGAGGGGCUGUUGGGGAGCCAGGAUAUUUUUGAGAAGUACAAGGAGGAGCAGAAAGAUGUGAAGGCGAUGUUGCAGCAGGAUAUGACUGGGUAUGUGGAAGGCACGCUGAACGCUGGGAAGCCGGAGCAAGUUGGCGUUAUUACGGAUUACGUUGACACCGGGCUUGUGGAAUUUAUCAAAAAAGUAGUUACGGAGUACUGCGACAUUCCGUACGUUGAAACAGAGUGCGGAUACGCGUGCUCGGACCAUGCUUCUUCAUCGAAAGCCGGGUAUCCUUCCAGCUUUGUUUUCGAAAGCGAGUUCGGGGAUCACAGUCCGUUCAUACACACGGCGAGAGAUACACUGGACACGGUCAGCUAUGAGCAUAUGCUGCAGCAUGCUAAGUUGACGGUCGGAUUCGCGUAUGAGCUUGCGUACGCUUCGGAUCUGUAACGAUCGCCAAUUGCGUACUGCGACGACAGUAG